AUGCCCAGUUUUCGGCCAUCGUUCGACGCAUCAACGUCGUCCCAGCUGACAAGCCGAUUAUUUUAUAGCUUUCUGGAAUUACUAACGAAGAAUGUGGAAAGUAUUUGCGAAUCUGCUUAUGCAUCUAAACGUGAAUUUUUAGGCAUUGUCGUUGGCUACAACUUCAUCCGCGGCUGCUCAGACAAAGUUCUUGUAUCAGGUUUUAACAACUCCGCCUUAGAGACGCAUCGUUUUCAGUACCUCGAUGUAUGUCGUCUCCUGCCGAGAAAGCAACUAAUGAACCAACGUGGUUCUACGCAGGCUAUUAUUGGAGAUGUUCACAUCUGCGGUUGCUUCCACAACAGAUGCAAUAAGACCGGACACACGAGACCGGUCAUGUGGCUUAUUGUAAACUGUUCGUUGCUGAUUUUUAUUCUACACUGCAAAGUCGUUCUGUAA